AUGGAAAUUUGGAAAAAGAAGGAUGCUGUAAAUAGAGCCAGAUCAGAAGUUGAAGAGAUUUUCUCGGAAAGAGAUAAUCUACUUCAAGAGAUUUGGGACAUUACUAGAAGCACAAAAAUUACUCCAACUAAAUUAAAAAGAAAUAAAACAAAACAGGAGCAACAAUCCUCAGAAAUCGGUGUUGCUCUAAGUGACCUUGCAGCAAAAUAUUAUGCCAAAGAUGAGUUAGACAUGUCUAUUGCCCAUGAAGAAAAUGUCAUCAGUGAUCAUGACUACAGUUGUGGUGGUUCUGAUCAUGGAAGCCCUAAAGUUGAUAACCAAAAAGAAAAUAUAAAAAAUUUAAACAAAAUUGAUGAGUUUGAAACUACAAAAACAGAUGUUUGUAACGAUGGUAACGAUAUUUGUCGAUAUACGGAAUUAAAUAGUUUAUCUGGAAGUAGUGUAAUUGAAGAAGCAGUAUCUCACGAUAUUUUAUUAAUAGACCAGUCAAAUAAAAGUUUAGAUGGCAGUUUUCAACUUAGUUCCAAUAUCGGUAUUUUAAACAAUGAAUAUUUUCAGUAUAAUGGUAUUGACUUAAAUAUUCAAGAUAAUAGUUUCAGUGAUGUAUUAUUUUCUCCUGUAGAGUUACCAAGUAAUAUUUCUGAUAUAUGCAUUGAACUUAAUAUAGAUAAGCAAGAUUUAGAUCGAAGGCUCAUUGAUGAAAAUAAUGAUGCAAAUAAAGAUAUAAGCUUUAUACCUAAAGAGAAUAGUACAAUAGCUACGAAACACAAGCCUGCUUCAACCUUGGAGGAAAAUAUCACUAACGAAAAUAUUAGAGCAGUUUUACAAGAUCAAACUAAUAGUCAACAGGGUAUACCAGCAGUAUUCAAUGAGAAGCUUAAUGUUUUAAGUGUUUCUAACGAACAAGUUUUAGACAUGGACAAACAAAUAUCAAAAAAACGAAAAAGGAAUGAAAAUGAAUGGAAAAAAAAUAUACAUGAAACAAGGAAACAUAUCCACAGCAAUUUUUAUAAUUUAAAAAACUGGGAGUUACAAACCAUGUACAUACAGUCAGCAGUAAAAGUUUGCGCAGUAGGAAGAAAACGCACAGAAAAAGAAAUAAUUUGA